AUGAAAUCCUCACAAAUCCCUUCCACGUCAUCAUCUUCUUCCUUUCGCCUCCCUCACCGCCAUCUCCCAUCAAACCCUCCUUCGAUUCCGUCACUCCCUCAACAACCUUCAUCACCGGCGAAUCCACCUACUGCCGCCGCCGUCACCCUUCAACCCACCUUCAAUCUCUUCCGAUCUCCGCCGCUUCUACCAUCAAUAACCACUCGUCCUUCACAAACUCACAAAACCGCUCACCAACCGAAACCCACUCACCUCACACCUUCACCGCCGCCACGCCUUCAUCCGCCUUCAUCGCUUCCACCACAAAACUUCACGCUCUUCACCGUUAACUCUCCGACGAACCCCCAAAACCACAACCUCAACAUCCGCCGAAAACCACCGCGACCCUCCGUCCGCGUCAGCAUCACCUUCGACUCGCCUCCACCGGCGAUUCCACCCUUAAAACCAAACCCAUUCGCCUUACUUCUCAACCAUUCCUUUAACAACUUCAAUUUUUGUUUAAUUUGA